AUAGAGUGGGGAUAGAUAGAUAGAUUGAGUGUGUGAGAGAGAGGAGGGGGAGGCUGGAUGGGAGGAGAGAGUUACUGGAUGAAAGAGAGAGAGAGAGAGAGAGAGAGAGUGAAGCAAGCAGGAGGAAGUUAAAGAGAAUAAAAAGAGGGCAUAGCUGUAGACAGAGAUGCAGGAUGACUGCUCUCUCAGCCACCGGCUCGACUGCAACUGCAAGUUGACACGAUAUUCGGGGAGUGGCAGCAGCGUGUCAAAGGGGACCUGAAGGAGGACAGUCUACUGUUCCUCUGGCUGCUUCCUUUGUGAUGGCAGUAUGCCAGUCAUGAACAGGUCAGGCUUGUUGGGUAAGGUAGGUUUGAGGAGGUUGUUGUCAUCAGAUGAAGUGUGGACUUUAGGAAGGAAGAGGAAUCAAGUGGAAUUCGUCCCAGCCGAGCAGGAUAUUCUGCAAGUCACAGAAUCAAAUGAUCCUCCAGCCAGUCCCUCUCACAGAUACAGCCGACAGAACCAGGCUUCUCUUCACCUUAUCAGUCCAGAGAGAAUCAGCAAGACUGAAUGUGGAAGCACUUCAUGUCAGCAUGACUCUGUGAAGGCUUUGAAAUCAGGACCUGCAGUUAAUGAACAAGACACUCAGAACAAUGUACAAGGGCUUUAUGAGGACACCUGCACACUCAAGAGAGAAAGACCACACCAUCCAGCUGAAGUGCCAAUGAAGCCGGUAUUACAUAUCCAGCAUUUCACACUCAGCCAUGAGCCUCAUUCAGAUUCACUCCCAAUAAAAGAUGAUCUCCGACUGGACUCUAAGAAGAGCCAUCUUAAAAUCAAGGAGCAAGAAGACAUAAAGAUGACAAACGUGGUCCAUGGCAGUACAACACCAGAUACCACAUCUCUAAAUAUACAGAACAAUCAGAGACUGCACAGUGUGCUGACGCUCAACAACAACCAAAAUAUCUGUGACCAAGAUGUCAGCGGGCAAUGGAGGUCAUCUCUUUCAUACUCCAAAUCCGAUAAAACCAAUGAGUUUCUUGAACAAAAAUCUCAGGCGUCUAUAAAUGAGACCGUCACAGACAAUCCACUUAUUGAAAACUUAAUUCUGGAAGCAGUAAGUGGGGAAAUAAGAAAGGCUGAGGAUAGUCCGUCUUGUGAUAUCAGUCUGUCUGAGAUAGAUGAGAAGUCAGAGGCAAUUUCAUUUCAUAGUGAUGCACUAGCAUGGUCUGAAGAAGAAAAGGAAUGUCUUGAUGAGGAGAAGAUUGAAGCAGCUCAAGCAAAUAGUUGCUCUUUAAUUUUUGCUGAAAAGUACACUGGUGUACCAGAUGAUUUGAACAAUAAACGGGAAGGACGCUGUACACCGCCACGUUAUGAAAGACAAGCGACUGCAGAGUCGACCCUGUCAGAAAUUCUCUCACCUGUAGAUGAGGUUUUGUCUUACGGAAGUGCAGAACUCCCUCCAUCCGUUAAAGGAGGAGUCACAUUAGGUCUUGACAGCUAUGGUUGUCCUCCUCCUCCUGCCUUUGAGAUUAUUACAUGGACAAGUGAGGAGGAACUUCAAGCGCCACCUGAUUCUGUAGAAGAUCUCUCAAUUAACAGCGAGAACCUCCCUCCUCUCCCUGUGGACUUCUCCCUGAGAAGAAAAGAGUCUCAGAAUCUAGACUGUAACAGUCUGAGGGAAAAGGAGGUAAACGAUGAUACUAAUGGAGCUCUGUGUGAGGAUGCAGAGGAAAGCGACUGUUCAGAAUACACUUGCUCACUUCCUGAAGAUGCGAGAAAUGAAAUCUCGGAUCCAUUGUCCUUCUUUCAAAUUGGAGACAGAGUUCUUGUGUGUAACUCCAGACCAGGUGUGCUGAAAUAUAAAGGCCUCACGGCGUUUGCGAAUGGUUUUUGGGCUGGUGUUGCAUUGGAUGCCCCUAUUGGAAACCACAAUGGCACUUUUAGAGGUGUGAAGUACUUCAGCUGCGAAAAAAGCCAUGGUGUCCUGGUCAGAGCUGAGGACAUCGCUCACAUGCACAGAGAACAUAUUAGUGAUGUAGAGACUGGGGUGGAUGAAGAUCUCUUCUCAGAUGAGGAGCAGCCUAGGGCAAGGAGAGAUAAACAACAGAAGGUCACAUUGUCGGCAGAUGGACAAAGAGGACAUUUACAUAGUCAGUGUCCUCCUAGAGAUGAGACCAUACUUACAAACACCAGUCGCACACGACAAAAAAUACCUCAGGAAGACAUGUCAUAUGGAGCAAGAAACCUUUCACAUGCUUUUGAAAUGUCCUCACCAAGAAUCGACUUUGAGCUCCAUCAUAAUGAGCUCCAUCAAAACAGGCAUCAUGAGGAUGCUAAGCUGACAGAAGAGCUGGAUAAAGAUGGAGUUCACUGUGCUCAGGAUAAUAGAAAGAGACAAAGGAUUAAAGCAUUGCGUGACAACCACUCUACAGAUACUGUAAGUUAUAAAACAACUGUAGAAUUUGCUUUAGUGAAGAAUAAAAUACCUGUGUAA